AACGUCUGUCUGAUAUUAAAACAGAAGAUACAGGGGGAGAAGAAGAGACGUAUGUGACUGAUAUAAAGGCAGAAGAUAUAGAGGGAGAAGAAGAGAUGUAUGUGACUGAUAUAAAUUCAGAAGAUAUAAAGGAAGAAGAAGAGACGUAUGUGACUGAUAUGAAGGCAGAAGAUAUAGAGGGAGAAGAAGAGACGUAUGUGACUGAUAUAAAGACAGAAGAUUUAGAAGGAGAAAAAGAGACGAAUGUGACUGAUAUAAAGGCAAAAGAUACAGCAGGAGAAGAAGAGACGUAUGUGACUGAUAUAAAGGCAGAAGAUAUAGAAGGAGAAGAAGAGACGUAUGUGACUGAUAUAAAGGCAGAAGAUAUAGAGGGAGAAGAAGUGACGUAUGUGACUGAUAUAAAGUCAGAAGAUAUAGAGGGAGAAGAAGAGACGUAUGUGACUGAUAUGAAGGCAGAAGAUACAGAGGGAGAAGAAGAGACGUAUGUGACUGAUAUAAAGGCAGAAGAUAUAGAGGGAGAAGAAGAGACGUAUGUGACUGAUAUAAAGGCAGAAGAUAUAGAGGAAGAAGAAGAGACGUAUGUGACUGAUAUAAAGGCAGAAGAUAUAGAGGGAGAAGAAGAGACGUAUGUGAGGGGUGAUCAGCAGUGUAAGGAGGAGGAGAUCCCUACAGAUAUCAGCACAGCAGAUGGACACACAAGCAGGAAUAUCUCAGAAGGACAUCUUAUGUUAUCCCCGGAUUGUGACAUAAAAGAUAAUGACAGUAGACAGGAUUCUCCUGGAGCUAACCCCAUUACCCCAAUUAUACAUCCAGCUCUAUCAGCUGAUCCCCCUGAUCCUGGGGAAUGUUCUCCUGAUCACUCUGAUAUUGGUGCAUCUGUUACAGCUCUGACAGUAGAUACAGUGUUUCCGUGUUCUAUAGAUGCCAAAUGUUUUACACAGAACACAAACCUUAUUACCCAUCAGACAGGUAAGGCAGGUGAGAGGCCACUGAUAUGUUCAGAGUGUGUGAAAUGUUUUACAUGCAAAUCAGAUCUUAUUAGACAUCAGAGAAGUCACACAGCUGAGAGGCCAUUUCUAUGUUCUGAAUGUGGGAAAUGUUUUGCACGGAAAUCAGUUCUUGUUAGACAUCAGAGAAGUCACACAGGUGAGAGGCCAUUUCCAUGUUCUGAGUGUGGGAAAUGUUUUGCACACAAAUCAGAUCUUGAUAAACAUCAGAGAAGUCACACAGGUGAGAAGCCAUUUCCAUGUUCUGUGUGUGGGAAAUGUUUUGCACACAAAUCAGAUUUGGUUAAACAUCAGCGAAGUCACACAGGUGAGAAGCCAUUUCUAUGUUCUGAUUGUGGGAAAUGUUUUGCACACAAAUCAUAUAUUGUUAUACAUCAGAGAAGUCACACAGGUGAGAAGCCAUUUUCAUGUUCUGAGUGUGGGAAAUGUUUUGCACACAAAUCAGAUCUUGUUAAACAUCAGAGAAGUCACACAGGUGAGAAGCCAUUUCCAUGUUCUGAGUGUGGGAAAUGUUUUGCACACAAAUCAGAUCUUGUGAUACAUCAGCGAAGUCACACAGGUGAGAAGCCAUUUCCAUGUUCUGAGUGUGGAAAAUGUUUUGCACACAAAUCAGAUCUUGUUAUACAUCAGAGAAGUCAUACAGGUGAGAAGCCAUUUCCAUGUUCUGAGUGUGGGAAAUGUUUUGCAAACAAAUUACAUCUUGUUAGACAUAAUAGAAUUCACACAGGUGAGAGGCCAUUUUCUUGCUCUGAGUGUGGGAAAUGCUUUAUCCAGAAAUCACAUCUUGUUAUACAUCAAAGAAGUCACACAGGUGAAAAUUCAUUUCCGUGUUCUGAGUGUUGGAAAUGUUUUGCACACAAAUCAGAUCUUGUUAUACAUCAAAGAAGUCACACAGGUGAGAGGCCAUUUUCUUGUUCUGAGUGUGGGAAAUGUUUUAUCCAGAAAUCACAUCUUGUUAUACAUCAAAGAAGUCACACAGGUGAGAAUCUAUUUCCAUGUUCUGAGUGUGGGAAAUGUUUCGCACACAAAUCAGGUCUUGUUACACAUCAGAGAAGUCACACAGGUGAGAAGCCAUUUCCAUGUUCUGAGUGUGGGAAAUGUUGUUUAAGUAAAUCACAUCUUGUUAUACAUUAUAGAAGUCACACAGGUGAGAAGCCAUUUCCAUGUUCUGAGUGUGAGAAAUGUUUUGCACACAAAUCAGAUCUUGUUAAACAUCAGAGAAGUCACACAGGUGAGAGGCCAUUUCCAUGUUAUGAGUGUGGGAAAUGUUUUACAUACAAAUCACAUCUUGUUAUACAUCAGAAAACUCACACAGGUGAGAAACCAUUUCCAUGUUCUGAGUGUGGGAAAGGUUUUACAAACAAAUCGCAUCUUGUUAGACAUCAGAGAAGUCACACAGGUGAGAAGCCAUUUCCAUGUUCUGAGUGUGGGAAAUGUUUUGCACACAAAUCACAUCUUGUUAUACACGAAGUCACAAGUGAGAAGCCAUUUCCAUGUUUUGCGUGUAAGAAAUGUAUUGCACACAAAUCAGAUCUCAUUAAACAUGAGAGCAGUCACACAGGUGAAAUAAUCAGAUGGCAUGCCCUCAUCUAUCACUGCUAUGCAGAUUACCUGCCCCGUUACUUCCAUCUGCAGAUGAAGGACUGUUACCAGCAGUACCAAGAAUCCCCAAGCAAUUCUGAGAUAUCAGGGGGAGACAGGAUAAUUGUCGCUAUGGUGACAGAAACAAUUUCCUGUUAA